GGAGGAGGGAGGAGGAGGGGCGGGGAAACAGUCGACCCGCUCAGCAUGGCAGCAUCAUACGUCCGCAUAACAAUAAGUGACCUUCCCAAGAUGGCGUAGCCCAUCCCUGUUCUCGCUGAGUAGACCAGGAGCCUGAACAGUAUGGAGGCCAAGUCUGCGGAAGAGAUCUCUGAUCGGAGUCCUCUCAGCCUGUUUGAGCUCAGCGCGGCGGCAGUCAGCUCCGCUAUGGGACGCGUGGAGAGAGAGGUUUGGGGUAAGAAGGGGAAAGGGAGCCACUGGUCUCUCCCGAAUUAGGAUUUACGGGCAGUUACUGUGUUGGCGCUCUUAAAUGUGAGGGUCUACCCUAAAGGACGCCAGGAAUCGAGGCACUCUAAAUAGGCCGCGUCACCUGAAACCCCUCCUUUCUCUAACUGAAAUUCAGCUUUCUCUUGAUUUCUCCCCGCAAAAGCACUUCCAGGUCCGAUACUUCAAGGAAUCUUGCCUCUGCUUAACAUCUACUACCUGGAGCGAAUUGAGGAGAUCGCUGUGAAAAAGGGUGAGCUACUUUGCUGGUCUGAAGGACAGGCGGGGAUACAAUAGUGCUAGCAAACUGUUGUCUGCUAUCCUAGUUUCUCUCUGGUGCAUUUAAAAAGUUUAUUUUGUUCACACUUCACCAAGUGUGCUUAAUUCAUUUUGUGGUUGAGACAAAUCCUUGCUCUCCAUAUUCCCAAGUGUCUGUUGCCCUGGUGUCAGUAAACUGGGUCAAGCGGUUUCCCCCCCAUUCUUGACAAGGGUGAAAUGUGUUGAACUGUAUAUCCUGUGCAUGUUUACUCUGAAGUCUGCUCUACUGAUUUUGGGGAGGCUUGCUUCCAAGUAACAUCAGAAUCCUAGGUCUACUCAGAAUUAAACUUAUUGAAUUCACUGGAGCAUACUUUCAGGUAAGUGGGGGUUAGGAUCACAGCAUAAGAGCAUAGGAUUGCAGCUUCAGGCAAUAUGCUUACUGAAUUCAACAGCACAAAUAAGCUACACCGAUCAAAAGCAGAUGGGUUUCAGAACAUAGUUUUUAGCUAUUAUUUUUUAUGGUAUUUAGGAGCUUUAUCAGAACCUUUUGAGCACCAGACAACAUACAGUACUUUAGUUUAAGAACUCAAAAAGUACAGUAAUGAAGGGAUUAACUUUCCUAGUAUCUCAGGGUUGAGCAUAUACAGAAGGUCCCAGAUUCAGACCUGGCAACUGGACGUAGGGUUAGAAAAUGCUGCUCUCUGAAACCAGAGCUAUUUUUCUAGCUCAGUAUAGCCUAUAAAAUGAUUGGCACCAGCUUUCUGAAACCAGAGUUUCAGAGAGUUGGUGUCAGUCAUUUUAUAGACUAUACUGAGCUAGAAAAACGAAAGGCCCAAAUCUGUAUAUGGCAGCUUCCUAUCCUAUAUUCCAACUAAAACCAUGUCCAAAUCCAUGGUCACAGGUUUUGCAGUGGACUAGUCAUUCUCUCAGCCUCACCAUCUUCUCAGGCUAAAAAGUUAGUCUGAGCUCCAUAGGACAAGGGCAGAUAUCAAGUAAUAUAUUUUCAUGCUGCUGCCAGAUUUAUUUCAGUUUGAUUUGGGAAUUGUUGCAACAGGAGAUGUUAGCAGAUUGGGCUAGAUCAUGAGCUCCCUUACAAUUUUGUAACCUUUGCUGAAGAAAUCAAAUAUUCCUAUUAUAAUUUAAUAAAUCCCACUUUUCAAGAUACACCCUUUAAAGUAUCCGGAUAAUGAUUCUUAAGGAAUGCAUAAUGCACUUUAACAUGAAGCCUGUCUUGAUUCAAAUCUCAAUUUGACUGAGGGCUUGCUGGAUUGAGUAAAUGUCAUUUCAGCAUAGGGUUCCUGUGUGCAAAAUGGAAUAACCUAACAGAUAACUUCUAUAAUAAACGAAAAACCCUAUGCAAUAAUUUCAAGUCUCAGUGUUUACAUUUGAAGCCUAGUUUUGACACUGAAUUUUCAGCUUCAGCUAUUCUGAAGUCUGGUGCUUUCAUCAGAGAUGGAAUGCUUGCUUUAAUUAUGUUACAAGUUAUGUGUAAUUAGUUAUGAAUUUUACCUGUAUGCGUAUAAUUAACGGUAUAGAUUUACAUUUUAAUAGUCCAUUUUUUAAAGUAUGUGUUAUGUUUCCUCAGGUCUCUCAACCCAACCUAUAUGGUGCAAGCUCUGGUUUGACAUAAUGAAAACAAGACCUUCUAGAUUAGAGGUAGGUUAUGGAGGCAAACUACAAAGCUGACAUACCUGAGACAAGCAGGUUUUCCACCUUCAUGGCUAAAUGGAUUUUAUAUCUGAAGGGGUUAACUUUCUGUGAUGAUGCUUUGGAUCAGUCUUAACUGGUUUCAAUUAGACUUACUCAAAAAUAUGUGUAAAUGGGAAUGCAAUCUAAACCAGGGGUGGGGAACCUUUUCAGUCCAAGGACCGCAUUCUGCUGUAGACAAUCUUCCAGGGGCCACAUGCCACUGGCAAUAUUUUCACUAGAGCAGGAGAAUCGGGAAGAGGAGGGUUGGUACCUGGAGCCCCUGCCAACGGCAGCACCCAACUGACAGCUAUUCUUGGUGGCCAUUCCCCAAGGGAAAGGCCAGCAGGGCAGGGUGUGUUGGAUGUGGUUGCUGGAAGGUUUGGGGACAGGGGAGGAGCUCCCUGGAAAUGUAUGCUGGCUGCAUGAAAUUAAGUGGGAUGGGGAGGCGCAUCUGGGCCCAGGUCAGAAGAUCCCCACCCCUGCAAUAGAUAGUUCCAGUUUGUGGAAAGCAGAGUAAGCGAGAAGUUACCCUUUCAAAUUGGGUUCACACUAAGGAAUUAAAGAGAAGGAUUUGAUGAACACAUGCAAUUUGUUUACUAAGAUUAUUAGGAGCCCAGGACCUCUGUUGCCUUCUAAUUACUACAAAAUUAAUGUAUGGUUUGGACUGUCAGAAGCUCACACAAUUUUGUAACCUAACUGCAAUGAGAAUGUGAUUUACAGGCACUCCUGUAAAUCUACGUCUCAGAUUCCAUUUUGUUUUUACUUUAAAAUAUUUAAUAAGAUUUCCUUUUUCCUGUAAAUAAUAUGAGGUUCUCACUGAAGUAGUAAACCUGUACCUAGGCUACACUACUUCAGACUAGAAUGAAUGCUUUGCCAUACAAAAACAUCCUCACCUACAGAUAAUUAGAUGUCAGAGAGAAGAAUUUGCGCAUAGCUUUUUCUCAGACUUGAGUGUUUUCCAUCUUUAGGGAUUUCCCCCCUAUGUAUACCAUCACAUGAUCCCCCCCCCCACCUUUAGUAUGCACAUCAGCAGGAACUGUGAUGUAAGAAACUGUGGAGCAAGGAAUUUAUCACAGUUUGGUUCAAUUUGAUUGCAGAGCAUCAAGUGUUGGAGGAAGAAGUUCAUUGAAACUUUCUUCUCAAAUGUGCUGCGUGGCAUCCUGGAUGUGUCUUUACACCAGCGCCUAAGUGACCCUUCCUUUUUGCCCCUGCUGCACACUUCGCGGCAUGUUACCCAGCUUACCAUCUACAACAUGCUUGAGGGAGUGUCAGAGCUGAUGGCCAAACACAAUCAGAGCGUCCUAGAAAACUUGGCUGUCUCCCUCACAUCCCUGACAUUCCGUCACCUCCUCUCCUCCAGUCUGUCUACUAGGCAACAGUUGAGUGCGUUCCUUCAUCGCCUAAUUCAUCAUGGGGCUGUGAACCACCUCUCUAUGUAUUCUUGGCCUGACCCUGACCCAGCACUUUUAGCCCUCAUUCUGAAAAUGAGUGCUGGGGUUUGGCACCCUGGAAAAACACUGCUGGACCAAGAAAACCUUUGCCAUCUGUGCAGAGAGAAAUGUGUUGACCAGAGCCAAAAGCUAGAUGAAGAGCCUUGGGGUUCAAGGCAGCUAUUUCAGAGAUCAGUCAGUGACCAGCAUAAUAAUAGUGGCCUGAGGAAUGAGAAACUAUUGCCUAGUGUGCCUCAAGAAUCUCUUCUGGGCUUUCAAAAUGCAGUAGAAUUGGCCAAAACUAGCAGCGAAACUCUAAAAGCCCCGGUGGGAUGCAGAUUGGGUUGCAAUUCUAGGCAAAGCAAAAUGCAGCAGAGCUCAUGUUCAGAAAGUUAUAGUGCUGAAGAGGGAUCUGUCACUUUUAUCCCAGCAAAGACAUUUCAAGAUGUCCCUACUUUGGAAAAAUAUCAAAAGAGGCGUAAAGCUGUAACAGCAAAAAAGCGCAGCUGCCGUCAGAGGAGCAGCAAAGUCCCUGCAGAGUCAGAAGACCUUUACGACUUUGUCUUUGCGAUUGCGAGGGAAGAGGAGGAGACUGCACCGUGUAGCGAAAGAAGGAAUGCGGAGGAGGAAGAAAGCCUUGCUAGCUGUUCCCGUCUCUCAGAAGAGGCUGCCAGUAGUUCUGGUACAGUUUGCACAGAGGGAACCCGAUCUGCUGGGAUGCCUUCUUUGAAAACAACAGGUCAUUUCCGAAGUGUGUCCACGCUGGAAGUGUUCUCCAUCUCUCUGACCAGGAAUACAUGCCAGAUGCUGGGGAACCUGCUGAGCUCUUGGGUGUCUUUAGAAAAACUUGUUCUGUCUUUGAAUGGUGAGUGAGAAACCAAACAUUUGUCUUCGGGUGUUUUUAGAAAAGCAGAGGCAGCUCUCUCUCUCUCUCUCUCUCUCUCUCUCUCUCUCUCUCUCUCUCUUUCUUUCUUUUGAGAGCCACAUUGAUCCAUAGUUCAGGGUGUAUCAAAAUGUAAAGGGGGGCAUGGCAACAACUUCAUUUCUCAAGGCUCCUUUCCUAAAGACUUCCCCAUCAGUUUUUCUAUCCUGUUUUAAAUAGUUUUGUAUCAUUCAUUAUUAAAUUCAGAUAUAACAACAACAAUAAAUCUUUUUAUCUAUUCAUUUAUUUAAAAUUGUGCACCACUUGGGUUGUAGAAAGAAAACCUCAAAGCAGUUUACAAGAUUUAAUGGACAGAUAUGGGUGAGGCCUUGUAGGGGCGUGAAAAACCUUUUGGAAUCAAGUAUCAUAGUGGGGUACCUACAGGAGUAAUCAGUAAAAAGCUUUCAUUUUUUAAAAAACAAAACCCUAUUAUUAAAAAAAAACUUUCUAGAAAUAGAAAAUGGGAAGCUUGAGAAACACAAAACCCCUUUUACUUCAUGGCAUCAUAGCAGGAGACUCACUGGAGUAGUCAAUAGUCCGUUCUUUUUAAUGGCAACUUUGGGAGUUGGGGGCUUAAGGACCACAAAAACCUAAGGGGAUGAUAUGUGAUGUAAUAAUCUUGCUGUGUGUUUUCACUGCCUAUUCCUGCCUCUUAAAAUGUGUUUUCCAGGCCUGGGCCCCGGCAUCUUCAGUAUCCUCUCUGGGCUCCGGGUCCUGUCUCGCCACAGUGAUUACCGCCUCCGUGUGGUGCGCAUCAGUGACAUGUUCUCGCAUGUCCCCUGCAUGAAUCUUGUUCAUGCUUUCCUGAGCGCUGUGCCGUUGCUUCAGACCCUCUUGGUCAGCUUUGAUCUCAAAACCGCGACAGAGCGGGGCAGGCCGGAAGAGAGCUGGGACUCGUCACCCUUUGAAGAAGAGAUUCCAGGUAAUGCACUGACCAGUUCCGGACAAACAUUUUAUCAUUCGCUUUCCUUUCCUGCAUAUGUGAGAUCAUUUAAUUUUUCAUUUAUGCACUGCAGUGGCCGCCUAGCCACUUCAAAUUUGCUGCUUAUCUUGCAGCCUCUUUUUAAGGAGGCGCCUGCCCUCUCAAAGAGCAGCAAAGAAUUUCAUUUUUGUACUGUCUGCACAGUCAAUGCAGUGGAUGCAAACAGCUCCUGAUUGUUUUGGUACAACUGCUGAGAUAGAACACCUUGGCCUGCUAGAGGAAGUGAAUGGUGUUAGUGAUGCAGCCUGAUUUGGAAUCUGAUUCUAAGUCGUCUUACCUAGGUUCAUUUCAAAUCCCAUCAGUCCCAGCCAGCAUGGCCAAUGGUCAGAUAUAAUGUUGAUGUAGUCCAACAGCAUGUGGACAGGUUCCUCACCACUGCUUCAAACCAUGGUGUGGUAGCUCAGGAAAAAGCCAGCUUGCGUUCUUCCACUUCCCCUCACUUUAUGUACCUUAAUUCAUUACUUCCUACUUUAAUCAAUAUUAUUGUUGUUGUCCAUCCCCCCGAUCUAGAGAGCCAUUUGGAACACCUUGAAAUCAGAUUCCCUAGAGAGCCUCUUCAGACAAGUCUCCUGGUGCCUGUGUUGAAGGCCUCAAGGUCUCUCCAGAGCCUCUCUCUAGACAGUGUUGCAAUUUCCUGUCCUCAAGAAGUUGGGCUUCUCCUACAGGCACUCAAAGGUAUGAUGGAAGCAAUUUUGCCUUUUCCACAGCUGCUCAGCAAUGGUAGCAAUUUGCCAGGAGAUAAUAACAUCAUUGGCCCUCAGUCAGCGAGGCAUACAAGAUUAUUGUGUGAACUGCUGGCAGAGCUAAACUAGUCUAAAAUAUUCUUUUCAAGAUUUUCAGCAUACAUGCUACUGAACAGAAAAACUGUAGCAGGGGGCUCCAUGUUUUUUCUCUUAAGAUCCUGUUUCUCUUGCAGAGUACAGCCCAAGCCUGAAGAAGCUAAGCUUUCAUGAUGUCAACCUUUCUGGCCACUCAAAAGAAGUCCUCCUCCUGCUACAGGAUCCCAUUCUUCAAGGUACAUUAAAUGCACUUGCCUUCUCCAAACUGGUAUUGGCUCUUAUCAGCGACCACCGUUGCAGGCAGUUAAGAAGGAGAUUUCUGCAGAGGCCUGUAAGUUUUGUGGUCAUCCUGUUUCAAAAACUGUCGUUUCAAUUUAAUAGUUUUGUGAAGAGCUGGAUUUUGCCUCAUUCUCCAUAUAGCUCUACCUGAUGGAGGUUGAGUGGUGUCAGAAAAAGAAAGCUAGCACAUUGUGACGGAAAAGUUACUUCACACCUAAGGAGGUGUAUUCAAAAGGGGUGUAAAGCUUAGAGAGAAAGGAAAAGGGUGCUUAUAUACACUGUCCAUUAGUAUAUCCUUAAGUCUCCUUACUGGAUUAUAACUGUGCUUUCACUCUGUGGUGCUGCCUUCAUUGGGCUAUGCAUGCAGUGAAUCUACAGUGGUGCCCCGUAAGACGAAUGCCUCGCAAGACGGAAAACCCGCUAGACGAAAGGGUUUUCCGUUUUUCAAUGCGCUUCGCAGGACGAAUUUCCCUAUGGGCUUGCUUCGCAAGACGAAAAUGUCUUGCGAGUCUUGAGAUUUUUUUCGCUCCCCCCCUUUUUCUAAGCCGCUAAUAGCCUUUUAGCCGCUAAGCCGCUAAGCCUUUAAUAGCCGCUAAACCGCUAAUAGCGCUAAUCCGCUAAGCCGCUAAUAGGGUUGCUUCGCAAGACGAAUAAACCGCUAGACGAAGAGACUCGCGGAACGGAUUAAUUUCAUCUUGCGAGGCACCACUGUAAUUUCAAACCAUAGACAGGAGGAACAUCUUCAUUUUUCUCUUGCAAUAGAAAUCACCUUUUCAUUCUGUCGGCUGUUUGAAAACUGCACCGCUGAGCUCCUGUCCGAAAUAAUAAAGGUUGUGAAGAAGAACUCAACACUGAAGAGCCUCAGACUCCCUGGAAAUAGGCUGGGUACGUACAGGAGGGAUGCUAUGUUAUCAAGAAUGUUGGUACUUUUGUCCCGUCCUUCAAGCCCAACUGGCAUAGGCUGAGGACUUCAGGCACAACUAUUUUUUGACACAUGUAGCCUCUUGCUUACCAAAAUUCAGGCCACACUAAGUCGAUAAAGGUUGCCCAGGGCACUUUUUGUCCUUUUCCAGUUCACCUGUUCAACUAGCCACCCUUUCUAAUUUGGUUCCUGAAUGCUCAAUCCUUCAAUAUGUGGGGGCUUUUAUGUUGCGUGCUUAAAUCAUUGUCUAGUUUCAGAAUGAUCUGAAACAGAAAUGGUGCUGAAUUAUGUCUGCUGUAAGGUUAGUCUACACAUGCAGCAGAAGUAAGUGGAAGAACUCAGUGCUUCACUGGCACAGAAGGAGUCAUGCUUCAUGAGAAGUAUUAGACUCACUACUGCACCCUUUCAGGGCACUACAGAAGGCUAAUGGAAAGCCACGCUUUACUAGCCUUGAUCAUUUGAAAGAGAAGAUUAAGAAUAGACUAACUUGCACUGAGACUUUGCAAAUGACUGCCAAAGGUAAGUAUGCGUUCUCACGUUGCAUGAGAUUAAACAGUCAGUGCUUAAGUAGCUAUUUAAGGAAUAUAAGCCAGAAUAUAGAAUUCAACUUCAUUCUUCAAUGAGUGGUAGAAUGGGUUGCACCACUUCAGAUUGUACAUAGGAGCCUCAUUUUAAAACCCUGCAUGGCAAGGAACAAGUUGGGUCAAAACUUUACUCACCAACGUGAUGGGGGUUUAUUAGCAUGUUUCCAUGGCAGAAUAUUAAGAAUUGUAUGUCCCUAAUCUCCUGCCUGAAGGGAUGCAGUCUACUAUGGCAUUGUGCUGCAGGAGUAGACUAGGCCUGAUUGCUGCUGCUUCACCAUUUACCACUUGCAAUUAUGUGCUUUAUAUGUUCCCUAACAUUCAUAGUUGGUUUUCUUCCACCCCUCAUUAUUAGGAAAUCACAGGCUUGUUGCAUUGGCUGACAUUUUUUCUGAAGAUUCAUCAUCUUCCAUCUGUCAUCUGGAUUUAAGGUAGGUUCCACUUCCUCUGAACACAUAGCCCUAUUGGGGAGGGGGCAUGGGGGAAAAGAGUGGUAUGUCUGUACUAGGAUCCAAUGCGCAAUUGUAUUUUCAUUCAUUCACCAAUUACUUUUAAAGAAAGGUGUCAAUUUCCAAGGAAAAUGACUCUUCCUAGUAUACUUUUCUGAAGCUGAUGCUGGGAAGUAUUUAUACUUGAGUACUUGAACAAUUUAAUUGUUUAAUGUCUAAUUCAUAGUAAUAUGAAACCAAGUGUUUUCUUAGUGUAGUUACUGUGAUGGGAGAAGAACCAUUAUUCUAUACAAAUGUCAUCUGCAAACAGCAAUGGACUAGUCUAACCCUAUUUUCCUAUAGCUCUAACUGUAUCAAACCUGCUGGACUCCUGGAGUUUGCCAAGAAGCUGGAGAAUUACAUAGCCCAACGUGGAGAACAAAUCAAAUUCACCAAGCUGUGCCUCUAUCAGAACUGGCUGGACCAAGAUACCGUAACUGCUCAAGAGGCUCUUUGGCGGCUAAAAGCUAUGUGCAGCAUAGUUAGCGACACUUGGGAUUCAUCUCAGGCCUUGGCUGACUAUAUCAGUGUGAUGUGAACUUAUCUACUAAUAAAGCUGCCUAAUCAAUUUACCAGGA